AUGGCUCCAAGCUCCCAGAAGAAGAGGAGGAAUGAUUGUGUCUGCGAAAAUUCCAAACUCUUGAGCAGGACAAUGGGAGCCAUGGACAGCCUAAGAAAGCAGGGCAGUUACUGUGAUGUAGUACUUGUGGUAAAAGGGAAACAUUUUCCUGCCCACAAAGUAGUGCUGGCAGCUACUAGCCAAUUCUUCAACAUCAUGUUCACCCGCAGUAUGAAGGAGUCCAAGUCCCGUGAGGUGGAACUUCAGAGUGCUGAGCCUGAGGUCACAGAAUUGAUGUUACAGUUUAUCUACACGGCUGAGACUUCAGUGAAACGUAGUAAUGCCAUGUCUUUGCUGGAUGUUGCCAACCAAUACCAGAUUGAGCCUUUGAAGAACAUUUGUGAAGAGUUCCUCAAAGGACAGCUUGAUGCAACAAACUGUUUAGGAUUCUUGUCUCUGGCAGACAGCAUGGACUGCCCUGAGUUGAAGUCGGAAGCUCAGAACUUUCUACAGGAACACUUGACUGAGGUCUGCAAAAUGGAGGAAUUCUCGCAGCUGAGCGUUGAAGAGCUCAAACAUCUGCUGCACCAGAACCACCGCUUUCGGCCCACUGUGGACGAGGGGGGAUACUCUGGCACGGACAUUUUCCAGUGCUACGACACAAGAACCCAGACAUGGGAAGCAAAAAGCAGCAUGCUGAUGGGUCGCUGCAACCAUGGCUCAGUGGAGGCCAAUGGACUCAUUUACGUUUGUGGAGGAUCUGUGGGCAACCCGGUCUCUGGCACGGUCAUCGACGACUGUGAGGCGUUUGAUCCCAGCACCCAAGAAUGGAGAUCACUGGCCGCAAUGAAAGAGCCCAGGAAGAACCACGGGUUGGCGGUGAUCGACAACACAAUCUAUGCUUUUGGAGGACGGGGGGAAAAAGGUCCACUAAACACGGUGGAGUGCUACGACAUUGCCAGUGACACAUGGAACGCAGCCCUCCGGAUGCCGUUGUGCGGCGAAACUGUCAAGUGUGCCGUCGUAAGGGAUGUGGUUUACGUGUUCGUGGGGCAUAAAGGAGCUUCCCGGCUUGGACGGGUGAUGGAGUACCACACAAACGGUGACAGAUGGAUGACCAAUUAUGAAAUGUUUCACAUGCCGACCAGCCUGGUUUGUGCCUUCAAAACAUGCGGCGGCGGUAACGAGGAGCACCGCGUGCUUCUCGGAGAUUCCCAGGAACCGAGUCGUUAA